AAUUGUCAACGCCCAUCGAAGAUCCCUUGACCAUUUCAGGAGCAGAUUUCACUCUCACACCCACAAACCACAACAAUGAGUUUGCUGCUGCUUCUUCCUCUGUUUUUCAUUACGUUCUGCGUCUUCUUCAAAUUCAUAUGGAUUCCACUGCGGAUCCAACUCCAUUUCCGUCAACAAGGCAUCAGAGGUCCCACCUACCGUCCGAUCUUCGGAAACUCCGCCCAGAUCCGACGGCGGAUGAUCGUCGAGGCAGAAUCAUCACGCCCAAUUUCUUUCAACCAUGAUGGAGUUGUUCAGAGGGUGAUGCCACACUUCCACAAUUGGUCAAAAGCUUACGGAGAUCCAUUUUUGUAUUGGUUCGGAUCAAAGCCCCGACUGGCUGUAUCCGACCCGGAUCUGAUCAAGGAGAUAUUAGUGAGUAAGAGCGGGUCGUUUGGGAAGAUCCGGUUCAACCCGGUUUCGAAGGUUUUGUUUGGGGAGGGACUUGUGGCGUUGGAGGGGGAGAAGUGGAUCCUUCAUAGAAGGAUCACCACCCAGGCCUUUAACAUGGAAAGAAUUAAGGAAUGGGUACCCGAAAUUGUGGAUAGUACUCGAAAUAUGAUGAGCAAAUGGGAUGCCAAAAUUGGAGCAAACGGGUCGGAAUUCGAAUUCGACGUGCACAAGGAAUUUCACGACCUCUCGGCCGACAUAAUUUCACGCACGGCUUUCGGAAGCAAUUUCGAAGAAGGCAAGCGUAUCUUCGAGUUGCAAGAACGACAAGUUAUGCUUGUCUUGCAAGCCUUGCGGAAUGUCUACAUUCCAGGAUUCAAGUAUAUACCGACCGAAAAAAACAGGCUACGAUGGAAGCUUGAGAAAGAAACGACAGAAUUGAUAACGAAAGUAAUCGAGAAAAACGAAAACACGAAACAAAAUCCGAACACUCUACUUGCGUUUUUGAUGCGUCCUUACAAGAAAGACGACACACUGACUCACGAGGAGAUUGUCAGUGAAUGCAAGACAUUUUACUUCGCGGGAAAGGAAACAACGGCCAAUCUUUUGACUUGGGUGUUUCUCCUUCUCGGAUUGCAUCAAGAAUGGCAAAACAAGACUCGAGAAGAAGUUGUUCGCGUUUUCGGAGAUAACGUGUUCCCUUGUGUCGAUAAUUUGGCAGAAUUAAAGACCGUUAGCAUGAUAUUAAACGAAACGCUUAGACUCUACCCUCCGGCAGUAAUGAUGAUGAGACAAGCCUCGGAAAAUGUGAAAUUAGGUGGUCGGCUCGAUAUUCCGGCCGGUACACAACUUUUCCUGGCCAUGACCGCGGUUCAUCACGAUCCAAGAAUAUGGGGUGAAGAUGCGAACGAGUUCAAUCCUAUGAGAUUUUCGGAGCCUAGGAACCACUUAGCGUCAUUCUUCCCGUUUGGGUUGGGCCCUAGGGUUUGCGUUGGCCAAAACCUAGCGAUGGUCGAGGCGAAAAUUGUUUUGGCCAUGAUUGUUCGACGAUACACGUUCGUGGUUUCGCAUUCGUACGUUCAUGCUCCGAUGCAAUCACUUACUAUGCAACCUCAAUACGGUGCUCAAAUAAUAUUUACCAGGAGGAGCUGAAUAUAGUUACUGAAUGACUCAGAUAUUUGAAUUUUUAUAGUUGUUUUUAACGUUUUACUUGUUUGUACAGCACAAGUAUGACAUCUA